AUGGUGGAGUUUGACAAGGAACACUUGAUUUAUCGCUUUGGGAUCCCUGAGUCAAUCACAACUUACCAGGGCAUAAUGUUUAUUGGGGUAGCAUUCAUAUCAUUUGCUGAAGAUGCCAAUGGUCAGGCUGAGGCAAUCAACAAGAUCAUCAUCAACAUGCUAGAGAAGAAGAUGGACGAUAAUCCUAGAGUGUGGCAUAAGAUUCUCCCAGAAGUCCCGUGGGCGUACAUAACAACAAGAUGGUCAGGUAUUGGCAUAAGUCCAUUUCAUUUGACUUAUGGACAUGAUGCUAUACUUCCAAUGGAGAUUGUCAUUCCUUCUCUAAGGGUAACAAGACAGAACAGCUUGACCAUAGAGGAUUAUUCAAAGGCAAUGGUGAUGGAAUUGGAGCAGGUAGAGGAAGACCGCAUUCACGUUUUCAAUAGAAUAUUGGUCCAAAAGAAGAAGAUUGCUAGGGUUUACAAUAAACAGGUAAAGAAUAAGACCUUUCAUGUAGGUCAGUUAGUAUGGAAGGCUAUCUUAUCAUUGGGUACCAAAGACUGA